AUGCAGGAAAAUCAACAUCCGGAAAUGGAUGAGGUGUAUACUACUGUGAAACCUCUUCUACAGCUGAAGAUACACCAACGAAGUGCAUCUGAGUUAUUGGAUUCACCAUCCGAAAGCGAGACGGGUAGCGAUUCGUCCGUGAGUGCUCGCCAAAAACAUUCGUCGCGGAGCUUUCCAUGCGACACUGCAACUCACGACGAGCCACUUUCCCAGCAACAAUCUUUAGAGUUGAGUGAGAAUACCGCCGCUUCGACCGACCGUGACGCGUAUGCAAAUGAUUCGCCAGCCACUGAGGCUGUGACUCCGCCAAUCUCCAUGCGCACCGAAAAGCUGAAUGAAACCGGUUCCACUUACCAACACGAUACCGUGGAAAUAUCGGAGCCGGAUAUCACAUCAAGCAGGACAGAGAGUAACGCGCUUCUUUCAGAAACGGACAGCAGUGAAUUAGGUGCGGAGAACGAUUUGGCGAGCGACGUGGAACAUUCGAUCGACUCUGUAGAUGUACACAACGGCGAUGACGAUGUGGCCAAAUCAUCCACACCAAAUGAUGAGUCAGCUGAACCAAAGCUUGUGAAUCGUGCGGCGGACUCAGGUCGCGGUUCUCCAGCCCCAUGCAGCGCAUCUUCGGUUUCAGUUGGUGCAACAAACAAUUCGGAUGGUGCGUCGAACUCUACAAGUCCUAAGUUGCAGUCGGUGACCACUUCAGUUGAUUCACCGCCACUAAGCUCUGGCAGACCGGGCAGUGACGCAAUGGCAUCUGCACCACCUACACUUACGAGCGUGGACAGCUACAUUGUCAGCGACCCAGCAAGCGAACGUGCAUCUGCACGAUCUGUUGGAAGUGAAGGCCAUCGCCCUUCGCCUCGUUUAGAGAAUCCUGAGCACCAAGAGGUGGUUGGUAUGGUUGAGGAUACGCCUCAUACUACUGAGUCCAAGAUGACUGAGGAAGCAACAACUGUUGAGACGGCUGGCGCAUCGAAUGAUCCUGCGCCGACACACGACAUUAAGGAGGGCAAUUCAUCCGCUGAUGAGAUAGAAGCCACACCGGCAGAGUCUUCCCUUGUUACCCCUCGAUCUGUUUCGUUGUCUGCUGCUGAUAACGUCGACGCUGACUCAUCCAUUGAAGGGUCAUCAGAUCAGGGCGGUGCCCUCCAAAGCGAUUUAGCGUCAGAUACGGAUGAGUAUGAGUCCGAUUCACAGUUGCCAAUGACGCCCCAACUUUCAUCACACCUCGGAGAUGACGAGGAAGGCGAAUCAGUGACAAGCUCACCGCACGUUGCCACCUUUGGGGACGUUCAAUUGUCCCCUGAACCUGUUGAGAUGAUCCAACCGUCUUCCGAGGCCGAGGAUAACGUUGAAUCAUCUAUGGAGGCUGCGGAUGAUAGUGUUGCAAAUAUGCCUACUGAGGUUGAAGAAGACGUUCAGAUGCCUACGGGUACUGCGGAUGAGAGUGUGGCCGAAUCGUCUAGUGAGAUGACUGAAGAAGACGUUCAGAGGCCUACGGGUACUGCGGCCGAGAGCGUUUUCCCACAUCAGCCGAGAAAUGCGAUCAGAAUGUUGCAGCAACACCCGCAGAUGGCGGCGAGAUAAGGGGCAAACGAUCAACAAAAUACUGAUAACGUGGAAGAUGGUGUUAUGGAAAUGCCAGCAGAGCCAGCUGAGAAUGUUACUGAAACACCCAUCGGCAGUGAAUACGUUGUUCAGCCGUCUUCUAAUACUUUCGAUGCGGAUGUUCCCGACACGCCUACGGAGACGGUUGUGGACGAUGUACUAACAUCUACCGAGACGGCGGAACAAGUUGAUACACAACCACCAGCGGGCACCACGGAUGUUAAUAUUGCCGAUAGCGCUGGGAACGCAACCCAGCAGCCUGCAAGUACUGCAGAUAUUCUUAUUACCCAACCAUCUGUGGAUGAAGCAGAGGAUGCUACUCUGACGUGCGCUGAUACGGUUGGCGAUGCUGUCGCCGAAAUAUCCGCCGACACUUCGGAUGGGAAUGUUAGGGGAUCGACCACUGAGGCCGAGGACGCAGACGACACAGAAGCGUCCGAUGAUACUGUAGAUGAAGAUGAUGUUCAAAUGUCCAAGGACACGGAGGAUGCGGAAAACGCGCAACUACCUACUGAUGCAAUUGAAGCGGAUGAUAUACAAAUAUCUGCUGUUAGCGGUGAGUCGAACGCUAGUGCGGCGAUUUCCGAAGAGGAAGCCGAUUGUGUGUCUGCUGAAGCAUGCGGUGAUGCAUGUCAGGCGGUAGAUGAUGCGAGCACCCAGAGCAUUCGUGAUUUUGUCAUCCCCGCCAUUCAUACCUCAACUCCUUCGCGGAAGGCGAGCAUUGUUUCGCACGAUUACGUCGGUGUACCCGAGGUAUCAGUAUCAGAUAAGGGAACCCCAAGGCAUGUUCAAAAUGAUCCGAGUGUAGCUGAUAUAAGCCGAUAUCCCUCGUUGCCGAGCGAUGGGGUCAAGGCAGACGCACCGUCAUCAUCGUCCUCUGCCGAGGCGGAUGCUUCGUUGCCCUCGAAUAACGAAAACGUAGGGGAUUUAUCAUCACGGUGUUCAAGUCUAGCAUCCGGUGAGAGCAGUGUGCGUGCUGCUGAGUCACCCAUUUCUUACCGGCACGAGGAUACGCUGAGUGAGAUGGAGGAAUCAUCCUCAUCAAUGAUUGCAACAGAUGCCGCGGAUGUUGCGAAUUCAACAGUAACUGCGGAAGACGCUGAAAUCCCGAAGGUAGAUACGAGUCCGGAGAAUUCACCAUUUCGCGUUCCGCAUGAGGUAGAGGAUAAGAACCUUGAGUUGGAGUCUAACGCGGCGUCAUCCGAACUAGGUAAAGUAGAUGAACGUAUCAGCGAUACGCCGUCGUCCCCGCGCAUCACCGAGCAACUUACUCAAGACGUGGAGGAUGCCGCAGAGGGCAUUGAGGAUAAUGUGCAAAGUCGCUCCUCUUCCGACGUAUCGGAUGCUGAUGUGGAACAAUCCGAGCCUUCGCAUCUGUCCCAAUAUUGUGGCACGCCAACUACCCCCGACGCUGAUCCGGCUAUUGGCACUGCCUCCGAUGAUCAGAUUGGCGUUUGCGGGGACCCGCAACCACCCGAGGAUAAGGUCGUCUGCCCCUCAGUGAAUGCUGUUGAUACAAGCGGCUCUCCGUCCGAAGCAACGUCACCGCGCAGCGUAGUCGGCGAGUGCAGUAGCAAUGAGGUGGAAUCGGGAAAUAGCGAGGAGGAAACAGCCGUCUCUAAAGAAUGCCCGGCGGUGGCAGAUGACUCGUCCACUUCCGUAUUAACUGGAGAGAUGAAACUUUUGCAUACUAUACGAACGGAUCAGCCCGAAGAUGCCGGUAACGGUGAUGAAGACCCCUUGGUACCCACCAGCGAUUCUGCCGAUGUUCCGAUGUUAGCUGACGACAAUGCGCUGAAGUCAGGGGAGGGUGGGAGUCUGACCACAGUGAAUAUCUCAUCAGAUACGGAGUCGUCUUCCUCUAAUGUGCAAAUAGAUGAGUCGACGCCGUUGAACGGUGAUUCGGAUGACAACGCAACGGAGUCGAAAUUCAGCGAUGUGUUAAAGGCUGAACCUAGUGAGGGAUCUGACGAUAUUCCUUCUGCGGUAGUGUCGGGCGAAUCAUCACAUCCAACACCGCGGUCUGCAGAUUCUUUGGCCUCUGAUUCCCACAGCCAAUCUGAGUCUGAAGCAUCUGCGCCUCCUCCGCCCUCGGAGUCUACUCCCGUAUCGGAAGGGGUUACUGAUUUGGUCGGCGAGCAUGAAGUAUCGGUAGAAAGGACUGCUUCGUAUUGUGAUAUUAGCGACGAUGUCCGUGAUUCGCCGUCUGCUGUCCCCGAAUCUACUACUGUCGAGAUCGGGGCUAUUUCUGGAGAUACCCAGGACGCAGCAUCCACAGAUGCUGAGCACGCAUUAUCUGCCGAUGCAAACAGGCUGUCUACACCCAGGAGCCCCCGUGGAGCAGGCGCCGGGUUGCGAGACCAUUCCAGAGAUUGCAGAUUCCCACAGCGUAGCCACGCCCAGGUCACCGUCGCCGACGUCCGGCGUCGUGCAGGAAGAGGGUUCAGAGGACGCGAAUCCGUUGCUUCUCCGUUGCUGUCGGAAUCCCCAAGAAGCGAUGCCACGCCGCAACUUGAGAGUGACUACGCCACGGAUAACGGUAUUUCGUACUCCGACUCCUCGCCGUUUUCUGCUGAGAGCUCGGAUGUUCACAGCUUAGGAUCUUCACCACGUGAGUAUGGAGAUGGCGAAUUAGCGGACGGCAUGCCGAAGAAGGCGAAGACAAACGUGAAAGUUGGUGAUGCGUCUGAUGCAUCGGCCGACUUAUCCCCUAAUGAUGGUGCGGAAUAUCACACCGACGCUCUGGUGACGGAUGAAGAAGAGGAGUCUCAUCAAUCGAGCGCGUCCCUGUUGGACAGUGACAAUGGUGAUGGCGCCGGGCACUCUCCGCCGGCUGCCGUGCCGCACGGGCGCCUAGCCGUUAGUAGGGCCGGAGAACCUGCUUCAAUUUCUAGGGCGUCGUCCUCAUCGACUAUUGAUGCCAAUUUGCCGAAUCAAGAGGAAGCGGAAACGAAUUAUGCGUCGUACCUGAUGUCGUUUUUCUGA